UCUAAGCCCCACCCCAAGGCCACGUUUAAAAAAAAUCGUAUGUUCGUUUUAAAAUGGCUGUCGACUGAAAUCUUUAUUGUUAGACUGUCAAAUUCAGUCUAUUUCGUUAUUUUCGUUAUGACUCAAGUUUAGUGUUUUGUCGUCUCCAAAUGAUAAAGUGUUUACGUAGGAACUCGUACAUGUACAUAAUUUUUCACAAUGAACGGAUUAAGUUUUAGUGAGCUAUGUUGCUUGUUUUGUUGUCCGCCAUGCCCUGGAAAAAUUGCAGCCAAACUAGCUUUUCUGCCUCCCGAACCCACGUAUGCAUUCACACCUGAUGAAACUGGAUCUAAAUUCUCUAUGACUCUCGGUGAGAGAGCUGAAUGGCAAUAUUCAGAACGAGAAAAAGAAAAUAUAGAAGGAUUUUAUUCUAGAACUACUAGGGGAAACCGAAUUGCAUGUCUCUUUGUUCGAUGUAGUCCCAAUGCUCGGUUUACUAUCUUGUUUUCACACGGGAAUGCCGUGGAUCUAGGACAAAUGAGUAGUUUUUAUUUAGGUUUAGGUACUAGAAUAAACUGCAACAUAUUUAGUUAUGACUACUCUGGAUAUGGUGUAAGCGGUGGAAAACCGUCAGAAAAAAACUUGUAUGCUGAUAUUGAUGCCGCCUGGCAGGCUUUGCGUACUCGUUAUGGCAUCAGCCCGGAAAAUAUUAUACUAUAUGGGCAGAGUAUUGGUACUGUGCCAACAGUGGAUUUAGCUGCUCGUUAUGAGGUGGGAGCUGUAGUUCUUCAUUCUCCAUUAAUGUCCGGUAUGCGUGUUGCCUUCCCUAACACUAAGAGGACCUGGUUUUUUGAUGCUUUCCCAAGUAUUGACAAGAUUCCUAAAGUAACCUCUCCAGUCCUUGUGAUACAUGGAACAGAAGAUGAGGUGAUUGAUUUUUCUCAUGGUCUUGCAAUUUAUGAGCGCUGUCCUCGUGCUGUGGAACCAUUAUGGGUUGAGGGAGCUGGGCAUAAUGAUGUAGAAUUGUUUAACCAAUAUUUAGAAAGACUGAAGAGGUUUGUCUCUGUGGAAUUGCUCAACUGACAUAGACUGCCGGCCUCAGGCCAUAAUAUUCAAGGUGAAGACCUAAAUCCCGCUUCCACUCUUAGCUCUGGGACAUCUAGUUCGGCAACAGAAAGACUACUCUAGCUAGCGGGGGCCGGGCCCAGCCGGGCCGGCCCCAACAAAAAAUCUACUAUUGGUUCUUCGAGCACGCAGCAUCUCGAUGAGAACAUAGACAACAAGGAGUUAUCUGCGGCGAGCGCCAACAGUCCGCGUUCAAUCGCUCACAACAUUAGUAUCAAUGUGACAGAUAUUGAUUCGCCAGCUGGUGUUCGUCGUCGAAUUCACUUACGGUCCCUCAGUGAUGUAACACCAGCGGGCCGAUCGCCUGGCGCCCGUCCGCGCUCCCACUCGGAACGACCUCGCGUUUCUCCCGGACCCUCUCCCGCCGUCUCGCUCGCUCCUUCUCCGUCUCCCCGUAUUCCCCCACCGUCUCCACAUCUAGUGACAGCUCUAUAUCCACGUGUCGUUCGUAGUGAGAGAUCGUCACCGGAUGCAUCCUUGCAAGCUCUCGUUGAUGAUCCUCGCCCUAAAACUAAUGCUUUAACCGUCGUCAACGAUCCAUGGAGGAAGAUGAGCGAAGUGGACUUGAAAAGUGCGAGCCGGCGCAGACGGCCGACGGCGCGCGCUUCGCUCGAAUCGAGCGGCACUGUGGACCCGUGGGUACGGAACCCAGCAUCGCGGUCGGGUUCUCGUGACGAGUUGCGCGUGCGACGCGGUAAACUGGAACGUUCGGCCGCGGUGGCGUGUGAAUCGUGUGGGAGUGGUGCUUGCGAGUGGUGGGCGGCGCGUGCGGUAGGAGACUGUACGUGCGCAAGUCUUUCGCCUGCACGAUUAGCGCCACGACCUCCCCCGCCGAGGGCGCUCUCGGACGAUGAGAGCCGCCCACGACGACUCUUCAAGUCGGCCUCCCAAAAGAUCAUCUGCUCGUCCCUCGAGAGAGACACCACCGCCCCCACUGCUGAUCCUUUGCUCGAAACCACGUGUUGAUUCAACUGUUCUUAGUUAUACUGACUAUCUCUUGUGAUCUAGGAACGCCUAUGGCUAUGUGACUUGUGAUUCGGUUUUGUAUCGUGUUAAAUAAGCGUGUUUCUCUUUCGAUGUAUGAGUAUUAUUAGUAUGAAUUUUUGUAUUCCUAUUUUUAAGAUUUCAAAAUUUAUAAAUGUAAUUGUAAUGUAUCAUAUUAUUAUAGAGAGGUUACAUUUAUGGUAUAUUGUAAUAUUAAUGUUUUGCUAUGUUCUAAAAAUUCGGAGAUUGUGUAUAAUUUGAUGGCUGAAUGUGAACUGCUGAUAGAAUUUUAAUUACAUAAUUGGUAGACUAUAAUUAUUUGUAGUUAUUAAAUCACGACCAUUUUCUUGUAAAUGACAUAUUGCUAGUUCCUGUCUUAUUUUACACCUUUUAUUAUCGAACGCACAUUGAGAAAUUACUAUUUGGUAACUGGAGAAUAUAUUAUUAAUUUUUGACUACUGUGACAGAACAUGAAUUAAGAACCAUAUUGUUAUAAAUUUUACGAUAAAAUGUUUUUAUAUUCUAAUGAAGUUAAAGCAAUAGCACAAUUAUUAUUAACAUUUUAGUGAUAAAAAUGCAAUACCAUUAAUUACCUUAAUGUAAAAAUAAAUUGUUUUUUAUUAAUCAAGAUGCAGAUAAGAUUUAUUUAGCUGUCAAUAACUAAUUUGAAUAUGAUUUUUAUACACAGUAUUUAUACCCAAAGUGGGCUUCCAAUUUAAAUACUGACAUUGUUAACUAAUUUAUGAAAAGAAGUAAUUUAGGCACCAUAAACUAAUCAAUAUUGCAUAUUAUUUAUAUUGUGCUAUUGGCUUUUUUAUUGUAAAAAACAUAUCAUUCAAACAGUUUAAAAUUUUGUUUCAGUCCCUAAUUUUUUGCAGUUGUAUUUUACAUUUAUAUAUAACAUUUUAUUAAAUAAACAUAAAAUAUAUCAUUAUUCAAUAAUCCAUGUUUACAUUAAAUCACACCAUGUAUCAUAAUUGGAGACUGAUAAUUUCCUCCCAACUAAUGUGCUUUAAUGAGCAGUAGAUUGGACUUGUUAUCUCAAUAAAUGCUAAAUAUAAUAUGAAA